AUAAUUCGUGUGGAAUUGGAGGUAUCCCUUAAUCACACAAGCUCAAGCACUGAACUUGAUGAGAAUCGAUUCAAGAACUUUGUUGACAUUUUGCGGCAAGCCGCUGAUGAAACUGUCAUUUCCUGGAGGAAGAGCUCAACCACAAACCAUACAAGUGAAAAUACCAAUUGGUACUUCCAAGUGAAACUACUAAGACUUCAAGAGAUAAGGACAGAGUCUGAGCAAUUCUGAAGAAGAAUCUGUUGGGAAACUUACGCAAGAACAACUAGUGCGCAAUUUCGCACAACUACAUGAGCUCACGAAAGGGAAUGUUUCUCAAGUAUAAGCAUCUUCCUGAAAACUUCAUUCUCAUGGCUGGCAAAGAGUUCCUAAAUUCAUACGUCCAAAGAAGUUCAUCGAGCUACAGAAUGCCUUUCGUGAAGUGCUAAAAACAAGAAACAACAUUCUCCAAGAUUAUAACGUCUUUAGCAAAUGUGUGCAUGUAUGUACAACAGAAUUCAACCACAGAGGUGACACCACAGUCCAACGACUCAGCGGUCGUAGUUAAUAAUAUUGARCAUGCGUCAAUGAAUUACCCAGUGUUAUGUGCGGUAUUUGGAAUACUAGGACUGUAUGGUUUGGGGUUCCUGUGGAUCAGGAGAGUUCGCUCAAAAGAGCAAGUCAAGAUCGGAGCCACUGUCAUCCCACAUCGMUCYUACCACCGGAAACCACACCAUUAUUUACUCUUAUUCUACACCGGMAGUGGACGUCACGCGGGAACCACAGCCAACGUCUACUGCGUCAUCCACAGCAAACAGAAGAAGACCAAUCCCAUAGUGCUACGCGAUCCUGAGCGAUUGCUCUUCCAAUCAGGGACCAUUACGUCAUUCUUAGUAACUCUCAACCAAUCACUGGAUCAAAUCACCAAGCUGCAUCUAUGGCACGACAUCAGCGGUCCCAACCCCUCGUGGUUUCUCGAACGAGUCGUCGUGUGCCAUCUGAAUUUUGGGGCUUCKUGGUUUUUYGAAGCAAACCGCUGGCUUGAUGUYUCGGGUGGGGAAAUAGUGGAAUGCACCCUGGAGGCCCUGCCUAGAUCCACUUACCUAAACCGAAAGACUCUAUUUGAUAAAACCUUUGCAGRAAGCUUUAAGAAUAGGCAUAUAUGGUUUUCACCAUACCUYCUUCRAUGCAGAACUACUUUCACGAGAAUCGAGAGGCUAGCAACGUGUUUAUCGGUUACUAUGACAACUAUUGUCAUAGCUACAAUUGUUAUAAAUUCCACACUUGACGGAGAUCCACUUCCGAACGGUGCUAUUAAGAUGGGCCCACUAGAGUUUCGCGUCAGCAACAUAUUGUGGGGUGYUAUAAGCAGUAUUGUGCCGUUYUCUUUACGACUUAUAUUAGAAAUGUUCUUUACUUAUUCUGAAAAAGAGAACAACUUGGMAGCAGACGAAAAUGACGUACAAGGWUACAUUGACGACUGUUUGAGAAAAGCUCACCAAAUAACAAUCCUUGAAGGACARUCAAACCUCUCAKGUCAUAGUGACAACAACCUUGGCUCRAAAACUCUACAGGACGAAAUYGGUCCAAUGGAAUUGCAAAGCGUACUUAGCUCAGAAAGGGAAUACUUCUUCGACAACGAUGAAUCUCUUUGUGAUGUAUCGUUACGAGAAGUAGGACUUGACUUCAGUGACAGUAACARUUCUUUAAUAACAUCACCGAUGGGAUCUUUCCGRGAAAAUGAAGAUGUAARCAAUGCCGCACAWAUCGUUGAUAAAGAAAGAAGGCAAGACGAAGAUGCCACAAAUGACCACGAAAAAAUGACAAUACACGAAGACACAUUAAAUGUACAUGAGAAAGGCGAMAACAAACAAAACGGUGAAGAAGUCUCACGCGAAAAUGAAAGCCAUGAACAUAAACUGUACAUAAAUGAAGGUUUCCCAAGUGGAGAAUGCCUGAAUGGGAUAUGUUUGAAUGACAAUGAACAACUUGCUGGGGAAGUUAUGGUAGGCAACGGUACAUGCAUACAAGAAACAAGGGAUGAUUUUGAAAAUGAAAUUGAAAACGUGUCAAUUCAAAAUGGCCCUCACGAAGAAAACAAAGAGACGCACCUCAAUUUUAAAUACACCAGCACUCUGACUAACACAGAUAAGGUCCCCAAACUAUGGAAAAUGCUGCCAUUACCAGAUUUCCUGAUUGAUCCGACCUCAGUCAAAAUACGCAAUGACAAAAACACGYUCAGACUUMAACGYAGRWACUUUCUCAUCGCUGUGUCAAUCUGCGUAUUAAUGACACUCAUUUCAACAAUAGUCUCCAUACGCUACGGAUUCUUCUGGUCAACAAACACGACAAUUUCGUGGCUCAUAACAAUCGCACUAGCACUGUUCUUCCAAGUGUUCGUGGCRGAAUCUUUCCUCGUUUUCYUUCAAUCUGUGUAUUUUGCUGUCAUUUUACAAAGGCCUACUGAAGAAAACGAYGUCAUCAACGAACAAAAAAACAAAAUUUGGUGCAAGGAAGAAGAUGACGUAAGAUAUUACGUGGAUGAYUUAGACGACAAAACCUCUCCCAUUCCCAGUCCGCCGRCGGAGGAGGAAGUGAAAAACGCGCGCGAAAAAGCAGGACAGGAUCGUCAACUUGAGGAAGUUCUGGUAAUGGUGGCGUUUAAUGUGUUGUUUUUGAUUCAGUUGGUWAUUAUAGGAUUUGGGAAUCGUGACGUAGAGAGCUAUCCCAUGAGAUUAGUGGUAGAGGGAAAUUUUAACAUCCCAAAAUUCAAUUUGAUUAAUAAUUCCAAACAAUUCUGGAACUGGACGAAAACCGAUCUAGUAGCUGGACUUUACUACGAAGGGAAGUUCAAAAAGAAAAACUCGAGACAGACUAGAGAUGGUUAUGGCACAUUACUGGGUGUUCCAAUACUGAGACAGCAGCGCAUCAAACCUCACGCAAGGCCCAGGAUUGGUUCUUAUGAGCCGGGAGGAUACAUAGCGUCGCUAGGAUACAACAAAACCACGGCGUCCAAAAUGCUGGAUGACUUGGAGAGGUUGGGUUGGAUUGAUCGGUUCACACGCGUUGUUUUUAUCGAAUAUGCAUUUUACAAYGGCAACAACAACAUGUUAAGUACAGUCCUCAGUUCUGUCGAGUUUACRGCGUUUGGAGGAGGUUUUCCUCGUUUCGAUACCUUCUCGUUUCGCUUGUAUCGUUAUUUUACAACCUCACAGCUUGCUUACCUAGUUUGCGAGAUUAUUUUCGUCGUUUUUAUUGCCAAACUCAUGUAUAAAGUUUUCUAUGACAUUUACGAGCAAAGACUCGAUUACUUCAYAUCAUUUUGGAACUGGACCGACUUUAUACUCAUCCUCUCAUCGCUGAUCACGAUUGGUCUUUACGGCGCACGCGCUGUUCAGCUCCAAAWGGGGAUCUCUGCGAUCGCACAAAAUCCCGAAGCGUUCUUCAGUUUCUAUACCAUAAGCCUCUACGACAAUCUCGUGGCCUACAUGUCCUGCYUAGUCGUCCUAGUCCCCGUCAUCCAGUUCCUCAAGUUYAUGAAAUUCAAUCGCAGCUUUAUGAUCUUUGAUAAAACAUUGAAGAUCAUCCUUCCUGAYAUUGCGGGUUUUGCGCUGGUUUUCCUUAUAAGCUUAGUCGCCUUUGCGUAUUGGGCGUACGACAUGCUAAGACUAGACCUAGAAGCCUAUAGUAAYUUCCCCGAUGCCUUCAACAGUAUUCUUUCGAUGCUAUUGGGGAAGUUCAGCUUUAGAGUGUUUUCCCCAGGCUCCACGCAAGAAUACGGUCCGCUGUUCACUUACGCCUUCACAGUGUGCAAUGUCUUCUUUAUUAUGACCAUCAUCCUCUGUAUUAUAACUCUCGGAUUCACCACAGCCAAAGAACAAGAAUCCACGAGUAGAUUUGAAAUCAUCAAGUUCAUUGUUACUCGUGUUAAGGGUACGUUAGGAUUAAAUCCCCCWUAUAUCCCCCCUAAGCCGGUUAUCAAGACCAUACCCGUAGACUACGCCCUUCUACAGCUGCAAAUGAACACUAGAUACGUUCUAGGCAGCCAAAUGACUCGCAUAGCGAGAUUUGCUAAUACAGUUUACAGUGAGGAGACGAUCGAUGACUUUGAAUACAUAGCGAGAAUCUUAGGCAUGCCAAAUUGCUUGAAACCAGACGACAAAGUUGUGCAAAUUGCAUGCUUGAAGAUCGAUAAAAAUGGCGACAAGACGGCAUGGAUGAGGUUCGUCAAUCCAAACAUGGACAGCCAACGACARCAAGAAGCAUAUCGYAUCCACAASAUCUCUCCARAGUUCCUMAGCACMAAACCMACRUUCGAGGACGUCUMCRGCAGYUURYUAGSMUUUCUACAAGACGUGGAUGUGAUCGCGUGYCACAAUGCCUUGUUUGACUGGUCGAUGUUAAGUUAUGAGUUUAAACGAAUCGAUGCUUCCAAAGCUGAUGAUUUUGAAAAGAAAUUUCAAUGGCUGGACACCUGGCGCUUAGCAGUUUUGUUCAUGCCCAGUCUGUCCUCUCAUAGCAUGAAAGCGUUAAAAUCGUUUUUCAACAUUUAUCAUACAGAUKCAAGUAUAUCCAAUGCAGUUGACUGUGGAGGAGACUCAUGGAGACAGGGCGACCAUGAUGCAAUGUAUGACGUAUUCACAACAUWUGAAGUCUUGAAGCGAUGCAUGGGUACAAUGGACUUCAGUGAGCUGCUCAAGAAAUAUCCCAAAGCACUUCUAGAUACAAGUCUUUUCGUUGACAUCCAAAGGCUUAGAGAUGAGAACAAAACAACUGAUGAAGACCUCAGGCCCUUAGCAUUCAGAGCAAAGAAAUAUUACACAGCAGUACGUCCAAAGGGAGGAGUGCUUGGUGAUCUUUCUAAAGACUUCCUUAGAAGAAUGACAAGGUAUCAUAGAGAUGAUGACAGAACAGAUAGGAGGGUUGUACUGAUMUAUGAAGCCGCCCUCCUGGAUCCUGUCCCUGACCCAGAAAAAGAGUUGGCUCCACCCAAAGAGGCUCACAAUGAGAUAGAUGUAAGUCCUUGCAAAAACCAGUUGGARCGACAACAUKUAGAUGAUAGGGAUGUGGCAAAUCCAAAUCUACACAAAGUAUUAGCAAAUCAACAGUCCCCAAACAUUACAACAGUUCAUAAUAUACAGUCAGAAACAGCACACACUAAGGAAGAAAACAUUACCAGAGAAGUAAAAAAAGAAAUAUUCCCAGAGGAGACACUGACAAAAGAAGAAGAAAUCAUUUCAAAGACUAAUCCCAAUGAUUAUACUGAUAGUGGUAAUGAUAUUGUGAAUGUCAGAGAUUCUCAAGAAAUUGAUGGCAAAGAGAAAGGCAUUUUGGACAUUGAAGAGGAAUCUUCAUCAUCACCAAAGAAAAUAAAAUAUGUAACAACUUUUUGGAUMAUUUUCUUUGGUUUAAAGCAAGAAUUGUACUUUCUGUACUUCACAAUGGCUUCAAUUCGUGCAUUAAUUUGUUUGUCGUCUUUCAACCGGCGAGUUUUGGCUAUGAAAACAUGGCGUUUUACAACAAUUGUUCGGCACAAAUCAGCCAUUUCUUGCUUCACAAGACAUUCAAGAUGCAUAACGUUAUUAAAAUCACAAAGUUUUCCUAAUCGCUAUGUACAUGACGAUAAAGGUAAAGUGGACUCGCAAGAGUACAACGAUAAACUUCGUGGUGGUGAAGAAGGGGCAGAUAGCAAAAACCAAGAGCAAGAAAAACAACUGACACAAGUUCAAAGACUGAGGAAAAUCUUUGCAGAAUAUGGCUCCACAGCUAUUGCUUUUCAUGUCACUAUAUCACUUACAUCUCUUGGUAUUUGUUACACUGCUGUACAAAGUGGCUUGGAUGUACCUUUGAUGUUACAGAAAAUAGGCAUCAGUAAAGGGAUUACAGACUCGGCCGUAACAACUGGAGCCAGUACAUUUGUCAUUGCUUAUGCCUGCCAUAAAGUUUUUGCACCUUUGAGGAUGUUUCUGACCAUCACCUGCACCCCCCUGAUUGUCAGAAGACUUCGCACAAUGGGAAUUCUCAAAGCACCAAUAAAGCAAAGCCAAUAGACAAUAUGUGUGAAAGACUGUAAACUUUAGACUCAUUGCUCAAUCUAGACAAAACUAGUUAAAACCAAAGAAGCAAAAUCAGUCAACAUGUUUGCUUAGCUCAAGUACAGCAAUUGCCAAGAAAUGUCAAAAUCAUAACUUUUUUCACCAACAAAUAUUAGACAAAUAAGCUCUAAAGGAACUAUCUUUUUGGUUGUCUGAUUCUGUGUCAAACCACAGGAUUGUUGUUUUAACUGUGAAAAGGGCUACAUAUCAUGGCUGUUUGCAUGGAAAUGCCCCUCCUAAAGAGCAAUACCACCAAAACAGCCAUCCCAAAAGUUCACUGUUUGAAAUCUUUUCUAAAGACAGGGUAUGAAGUGAACUAUCUGGAUACUAUUUUGGAGGCUAAUUAAUAUUGAUCAGAAAACAGAAACUAAAAGGGUCAUAUUUACAAAAUUUCAUUUAUUUCAAAAUGAAGUAACAAAUAAAUCUAUUGCUUAACAA